AUGUACAAAUAUUAUGAACUCGAAAACGUUGGCGAUGAUCUCACAAAGGAAUUAAAGCCACACCAAAAUGUUACCGGUGACACCGUCAACAUAGAAUUUACAUCUUUGGGUCCUGAUUGUGUAUCCAGUAAAGAUGAAGGUAGACAAGAUUCCUCGUCGACUGGUGCAGCAACGAUAGCAAAACAACCGGCUGCAUCUUGUUCACAAGCACCAGUGUCUUCAGCUCCUCCUGCUCCUCCUCCACCGCCACCUCCUCCGCCAGCCCCUCCACCACCUCCACUUGGGUUGCUAAAGGUGCAAACAAAUGGUGUUGCACCAUCUCCAACUCCUCCACCGCCACCACCACCGCCGCCACCUCCUGGAAUUCUGGCGCGACCUACAACAUCAGCGACGUCAAUGGUCUCCCCUUCUUGCACGGCUAGGAGUGACGAAAUCUAUCCGAAAAAGAAGAAGACAUACACGCUGCUCUGGCAGGCCGUUAGCCAGCAUUCUAUUACGAAUGUGCAUACAGUGUGGAACGAGUAUGCGCGACCGGAGUUUGGCCCCGAAGAACGAGACUAUGUUCAAUUGCUAUUCGAAAGAGCUGAACCUUCUGCUUCGGCGUUGUCUCGUUUUGCGAAAGAAAGGAGGAGUGUACGUGAAAAACCGGCAGCAGAAUCCAUAUUUCAGUUAUCACAGCAAAAAGCCCUCAACCUGGAGAUCAUUCUUGCCAAACUUCGCCCUUUGACCGUAAUGGAUCUCAUUGAUCGCUUAGAGUCGAAUAAUAUGGAUGGAAUUUCGAUUGACCUACUCUCGUCACUGCUGAAAUAUUUUCCUACAGAUGAAGAGAUGCUCAUGUUUAAAAAAGCUGGUCGUGAAGAAGUGAAACGCAAUUGCGACAUCCUGUGUUGGGAGGCGGCGCGCAGAUCGACACUUAAAAUCCGAACUGAACUGGCAGUCGCUCGUGAACAAAUUCUUCAGGAUGUGAGUGUCACCAAAUUCUUUUCUGCGAUGGAUGACCAUGUUCAGAAGGUCGAGGAUUUCACUAGGACACCCAGUCAGCGCAGUACUAUCACAUUUAGCGUAGUGACUGAAUAUCUCUUUAACUUGAGUUCAUCACGAUCUCCUUCCUUGAUCGGGGCGAAUUGA